AUGGGUGUCCCCGAGAGCCUGUCGUACGCUAGCAUCGCAGCCCUUCCCUUCGAAUACGGUCUGUAUGCCCUCGUCAUGCCACAGCUGGUCUACUCACUUCUGGGUCAGUCUCGGCAGUUGAUGGUGGGCCCGGUGGCCAUGCUGUCGCUCCUGGUCCACGCCGGUCUCGAAGGCAGCCUCGACGAGGCGCAGUGCCCGGAAUGGUUCGAGCUGAAGAAGAACGAAACCGCCGAAGCCUUCAAUGUUCUGGUCCAGAGUGAGGUGUGCCAGGAGAAGUACAUCGCCAUGACUGUCCUGACCUCGCUUCUGGCUGGAUCCGUCCUAUUGCUUGCCUGCGUUCUUCAGCUGGGCUUUCUGCUGAAAUUCUUGGGGCAUCCCGUGGUGUCCGGAUUUUCCACCGGGUCUGCUCUCAUCAUCAUGAUAAGCCAGUUCAAGAACUUUUUGGGCGUGAAGGUGGAAGAGUCGGAAUUUCCGAUCUUGAGCAUCCUGUCCCUGAUCGAGCAUGCCCCACAUGGGCAGCCGAUCACGCUCGCGUUCGGACUCGUGUUCACCGCCACCCUGGUCGCGCUGCGAAAGUUCGGCUACGCCUACCCCCGCUGGAAGCUCGUCGGAUCCCUGGGGCCCCUUAUCAGCUGCGUCUCUGGCGUCUUGCUGAUCUACUUCUGCGAGCCACUGCAGCACAUCAAAGGACUCGAUUAUGUCCACGAUGUCCCAGGCGGCUCUCUCCCGACCAGUAUUGGCAUCAUGUCCUCCUGGACGGCUCAUGACGUUGGUCAGACGAUGCCCCUGGCGCUCUCCGUAGGCUUCCUAGGCUUCUUGGAAGCGUUUGCGACGGCACAGAACCUGGCGAAGCAGCACGGUUCCUGG